CCUGACCAAAAAAGACUUUUCGGCCUACUCCUAACCAAAAAGGUCUUUUCGGCCCAGGUACCUUUUCGGCCAAGCCAAGGCCGAAAAGUCCAUUUCGGCCAAAGGGAGGCCGAAAACACCCUUUUCGGCCCACACGAGGCCGACGGGGUACUAGUUUUGAUUUUUCUCUACUCUUUACUAUAGUUUCCGAAUUUGCUAUAAAAUACGUCAUAGUUUUGAAAAAAAAUCCAAUUUGUGCCCUCUCUUGUUUGAGGAGUAUGGAUGGAGCAAUUGCACCGGGAACUCGGCCGGCAGGUCCACCAUUAAUAAGCAAAUAAAGUUUAUAAGGAGGAAUGACACCCUCACCCUCACUGUGGCCUGCUUCUUCCUGACCGGCGAACAGGCGACCCUCCCGUCCCUUGCUGACAUGUUGCGUGCCAUGGUCUCUGACUGCAUUAUAACCAACUCAAAGUCGUGACUGAAGAUCUUCUGAAGCAGCAAUUCCAGAAAUGUCAGUUGGCCGUUCUGUCUGUCAAAGGUGGCAAUCCUCUGUUCCAUAUGCUGGUUUUUGGGGUUUCUAUCACAUAUUCGCGUUGACUUGUGAACUUGGUGUAAUCAUCCAAGUUUCUCGCCAACUGUGCUCCCUAUUGGGGUGGCUUGUGAUGCCACUUGCUGGAUCAACUCUAACCUCCUCAGUCCUCAUAUGCCUCUGGUGUGCCCACCCGUUAGCUGUGUGCUCUGCUACUGCCUGUAGUCCCAACUCGUAAGUCGACCUCGCCAUCUGCAACUCCGGCAUAGCAUGCACGCACCUGAUCGGAGUAAUCUGACGCCGAGACCGAGCUGCUGCAAAUUCGACUAAUCCGCCAUGAAGCAAAUGAAGUCCCUACAGCAGGAACAGCUAGUAUCUGAUCAGACAUUUCGAAGUUCAAAGUGUGGAGCGGCAACUGCUUCUAUGUGUACGACACCCUCGAUGUCCACCGCGUCAGGUGGCUCUGGCGUGUGCACCUGCGCGCUAGCUGUGUCCUGCCCCUCCUACGUCAACAACCUCACCGUCUUCAACUCCGGCACUGCCUGGCCCCACAUCGCUGGUGUAAUUUGUGGCCAACACCGAGCGGCCUGUCCAUCACUUUUGCGUGGUCAUCCUCCAUGCCGUGAUGUUCUAGGCAAGCAGCAGCUAGCACAUGCUCAUUUAGCUCUGACGGUGUGACAUUGGUAUACCUUCAGUGCAGCCGUUACAUAAACGAGACUUCGCAGGCAUGAACAUUGAUCAUCACCUUCCUUGUAAAAGAAGGCGCGACGGUUCAUCGUGUAGGUACUAAAAUAUAUAUUAUGUAUGUAACACGAGACACCAAGACAUCAAGAAAUGUGCCUCGUUUGAACAGCUUGGUAAAUCUUACAGAGCCGUUCUUGAACAACUACCCUCCUUUUCUGUUUAAAUAUUAAGCAGAUGCGAUGAAGGCACCUGAAUUUAUACAGACAUGAGUCACUAUCCAUCACAGCUUCUAACUCUUGUUGGUGGCAAGCAAACAGGAGAGUAGCUGAGUAGAUCACCAAGUCUUUAGCAGUUAUUUGCUUGAUGUUACAUUUUGAGUUAAU